AUGGGUUGCCUUCGCCAACUGCUGAAGACCACCGCCAAGGCUAUCAAGCGCCGUAUCACCCGGCGCAAGCCUGUGGUGGAGGUGGUCUGCGACGGACCAGCCAUCUGUCCUGUUCAUGAGGAGGAUGCGGCAAGUUCGAUUUAUCCGUCGAUUGGGAAGGCGUCCACUAUCGGUCCGGAAGAGCCAUUGCCGGAGGGACGGGUCAAAUUUACGGCGGAACAAUACCAGGCGUCGUUGAGGAUCAAGGAUCCUCUGACUGGGUUGCCCAUGGGGUUUCACCAAGCAGAGUGCGUGGCGGAGUACCGCGCUCUGGUUGGCUCUGGACCCUACGACCCAGCAUACUUGAGGCCGGCAAGACAUUCGCCAAAGUCGCCUGGUACCGCUCGUAAAGCCGUCGGCCAUCCUACGGUCAUCCGGAAGGUGCGGUUCGUGUCGGUCGCCACGGUGGUGUCGACAUAA